AAUAUUCUUCUUCUCUCCAUUUCAAAAACCUCCUCUUCUCCCUUUUUUUUUCAAUUACUUGAUAUCGAGUAGCUUCGGUGUUUCCUACUUAUCAAUCCAUGUCCAUGGAUAACUACCACAUCCUUCUGUCGGGCUCACAAAGAUUUUCAGCUUCUCAAUCCUCUUUAAAUGGGGGAAAUACUGAAACUCAUCAUUUUCAUGCUCAGAAUGAAAGCAAGGCAGAAUAUAAAAGUCAAAGCCCAUAUAAUACAAACAUUUCUAACAGUGGAAUUACCUCUCAUUGUUCUGGGAGUGAGGUUAAAGCAGAAACCGAAGGAGAAAACAAGGGACUCAAAAAGCACAGAUAUGCAUUUCAAACCAGAAGCCAGAUUGACAUACUGGAUGAUGGGUAUCGGUGGAGGAAGUAUGGCCAAAAAACAGUUAAGACCGGUAAAUUCCCCAGAAGUUAUUACAAAUGUACUCAUAAAGGGUGCAAUGUGAAGAAACAAAUCCAACGCAGUUCCAAAGAUGAAGAGAUUGUGGUGACUACCUAUGAAGGAAUGCACACACAUCCAAUUGGGAAAUUGGCUGACAACUUUGAUCAGAUCCUGCGUCAGAUGCGAACCUAUUCUACUUUCUAUACUUAAGAUCUAUCCAGCCACUCAGAGAAGAAGAGCUUGGAGCCUUGAAUUAGCAAAGUGUGAGAUUGAACUUGUUCAACUUUUGCUCAGCUUAAAAGAGUCGGUUUCCAACAUGAUAAGAGCCAGUCUCCAACUUAAUAUAAUAAGUUAAGGUUGAGCUUGACUUAGUACCGUAGCAUUUUAAGUUAUAUUAUAGUUUUUUAAGUUAUUGUUCUCUUUCAACUUUGUUUCUAUUUUUUGUAAGAACUCUUCAAACUUAUUAUCUAUUAAUUUUAAAAUUAUUG